CUGGGAAGACACUUCAGAUCUUUAAUAUUGAGAUGAAGAGUAAAAUGAAGUCUCAUACGAUGGCAGAAGAGGUAAUUUUCUGGAAAUGGGUCUCUGUGAACACUGUUGGUCUGGUGACUGAGACCACAGUCUACCACUGGAGCAUGGAAGGUGACUCCCAGCCCAUGAAGAUGUUUGAUAGACAUGCCAGUCUGGCAGGGUGCCAGAUGAUCCACUACCGAACUGAUGAGCACCAGAAGUGGCUGCUGCUCAUUGGCAUCUCAGCUCAGCAAAACCGUGUGGUUGGGGCAAUGCAACUCUACUCUGUGGACAGGAAGGUCUCACAGCCCAUAGAAGGCCAUGCCGCUGCCUUUGCAGAGUUCAAGAGCGAGGGGAAUGCCAAGCCUGCCACCCUUUUCUGCUUUGCUGUACGCAGUCCCUCAGGGGACAAGUUGCACAUAAUCGAAGUCGGGCAGCUUGCAGCAGGAAAUCAACCUUUUGUAAAGAAAGCUGUGGAUGUGUUUUUCCCUCCAGAAGCUCAGACCGAUUUCCCAGUAGCUAUGCAGAUUGGAUCUAAACAUGGUGUUAUUUAUUUGAUCACAAAGUAUGGCUAUCUUCAUAUGUAUGACCUAGAGUCUGGCGUGUGCAUCUACAUGAACCGUAUUAGUGCUGACACAAUCUUUGUAACUGCUCCACAUGAACCUACCUCUGGAAUUAUUGGUGUCAACAAAAAAGGACAGGUGUUGUCGGUUUGUGUUGAGGAAGAUAACAUUGUGAAUUAUGUAACCAACGUGCUUCAGAAUCCAGAACUUGGUCUGCGUUUGGCCAUUCGUAGUAACCUGGCUGGGGCAGAGGAGUUAUUUGUGAGAAAAUUCAAUAUGCUGUUUGCACAGGGGAACUAUGCUGAAGCCGCCAAGGUAGCAGCGUGUACACCAAAGGGAAUCCUGCGUACCAGCGACACAGUUCGGAAGUUCCAGAGUAUUCCUGCCCAGCCUGGGCAGGCCUCUCCUUUGCUCCAGUACUUUGGAAUCCUGCUUGAUCAGGGUCAGCUCAAUAAACUUGAGUCCUUAGAACUUUGCCAUCCGGUUCUUCAGCAAGGGCGCAAGCACCUCUUAGAAAAGUGGCUGAAAGAAGAUAAGCUGGAGUGUUCAGAAGAACUUGGAGAUUUGGUCAAAACUGCUGACCCUACACUCGCUCUGAGUGUGUACCUUCGGGCAAAUGUGCCAAGCAAAGUUAUCCAGUGUUUUGCAGAAACAGGCCAAUUCCAGAAAAUUGUGCUCUAUGCCCAAAAGGUUGGCUAUGCCCCAGACUGGAUCAUUUUGCUGAGGAGUGUAAUGAGGAUCAGUCCAGACCAGGGCCUGCAGUUUUCUCAAAUGCUAGUGCAAGAUGAGGAGCCAUUGGCCAGCAUUGACCAGAUUGUUGAUGUUUUCAUGGAAAACAGUUUAAUUCAGCAGUGUACGUCCUUCUUGUUGGAUGUCUUGAAGAAUAAUCGCCCAGCUGAGGGGCAUCUCCAGACUCGCUUGUUGGAGAUGAACCUGAUUCAUGCACCCCAGGUUGCAGAUGCCAUCCUUGGAAAUCAGAUGUUCACUCAUUACGAUCGGGCCCACAUUGCCCAGCUCUGUGAAAAGGCAGGCCUCCUACAGCGAGCACUAGAGCACUACACCGACCUCUAUGACAUCAAGAGGGCUGUGGUCCACACUCACCUCCUCAAUCCUGAGUGGCUUGUCAGCUUCUUUGGAUCCCUGUCAGUGGAGGAUUCUGUGGCGUGUCUGCAUGCUCUGCUGUCUGCCAACAUCAGACAAAACCUGCAGCUGUGUGUGCAGGUGGCCUCCAAGUACCAUGAGCAGCUGGGCACACAGUCCCUGGUGGAGCUCUUUGAAUCCUUCAAGAGUUACGAAGGCCUCUUCUACUUCCUGGGCUCAGUUGUGAACUUCAGCCAAGAUCCAGAUGUGCACUUGAAAUACAUUCAGGCUGCCUGUAAGACGGGCCAGGUCAAGGAGGUGGAGAGGAUAUGCCGAGAGAGUAACUGCUACAACCCAGAGCGGGUGAAGAACUUCCUGAAGGAGGCCAAGCUCACAGACCAGCUUCCCCUCAUCAUCGUGUGUGAUCGGUUUGACUUUGUCCACGACCUUGUUCUGUACUUGUACCGCAACAACCUGCAGAAGUACAUCGAGAUUUAUGUUCAGAAGGUCAACCCUAGCCGGAUCCCAGCUGUGGUUGGAGGGCUGCUUGAUGUGGAUUGUUCUGAAGAAGUAAUUAAAAACUUAAUCAUGGUGGUGAGAGGACAGUUCUCUACUGAUGAGCUGGUGGCUGAAGUAGAAAAAAGAAACAGGCUAAAGCUGCUACUUCCCUGGCUUGAGUUCCGGAGUCAGGAAGGCUGUAAGGAGCCUGCCACUCAUAACGCACUUGCCAAGAUCUACAUUGACAGCAGCAACAACGCUGAGCGCUUCUUGAGGGAGAACGCCUACUACGACAGCAGUGUGGUGGGCCGCUACUGUGAGAAACGGGACCCGCAUCUGGCCUGUGUAGCCUAUGAGCGGGGGCAUUGUGACCUUGAGCUCAUCAAGGUUUGCAAUGAGAAUUCUCUGUUCAAAAGCGAGGCUCGCUACCUAGUGCACCGGAAGGAUCCAGAGCUCUGGGCUCACGUCCUUGAGGAGACCAACCCAUCCAGGAGACAGCUGAUUGACCAGGUGGUACAAACAGCAUUGUCAGAAACACAGGACCCUGAAGAGAUCUCAGUUACUGUCAAGGCCUUCAUGACAGCUGAACUGCCUAAUGAACUGAUUGAGCUACUGGAGAAGAUUGUUUUGGAUAACUCUGUCUUCAGUGAGCACAGGAAGAAGGUCCUGAUCGAGCACAUUGGAAACCUAGACCGUGCUUACGAGUUUGCAGAGAGAUGCAAUGAGCCUGCUGUGUGGAGUCAGCUGGCCCAUGCCCAGCUCCAGAAAGACCUGGUUAAGGAAGCCAUUGACUCCUACAUCAGAGCUGAUGACCCUUCCUCUUACCUGGAAGUUGUCCAGGCAGCCAGCAGGAGCAGCAAUUGGGAGGAUCUGGUUAAAUUCCUACAGAUGGCCAGGAAAAAGGGCCGCGAAUCCUACACAGAGACAGAACUUAUUUUUGCCCUUGCUAAAACUAGCCGUCUCUCUGAGCUAGAAGAUUAUAUUAAUGGACCCAACAAUGCCCAAAUCCAGCAGGUUGGAGACCGCUGUUAUGAGGAGGGAAUGUAUGAGGCAGCCAAGCUGCUGUACACCAGUGUUUCUAACUUUGCCUGCCUGGCUUCCACCCUGGUCCACCUUGGGGAGUAUCAGGCAGCGGUGGACAGCAGUCGCAAGGCCAACAGCACACGGACAUGGAAGGAGGAUCGGGGCUACUUUGAGGAGCUGAUCUCCCUGCUGGAGGCAGCCCUGGGCCUAGAGCGGGCCCACAUGGGCAUGUUCACAGAGCUGGCCAUCCUCUACUCCAAGUUCAAGCCGCAGAAGAUGCCAGAGCACCUGGAGCUCUUCUGGUCCCGUGUCAACAUCCCAAAGGUGCUGAGAGCCGCAGAGCAGGCACACCUCUGGGCGGAGCUGGUAUUCCUCUACGACAAGUACGAGGAGUACGACAAUGCUGUCCUCACCAUGAUCAGUCACCCUACUGAUGCCUGGAGAGAAGGGCAAUUCAAAGAUGUCAUUGCCAAGGUUGCCAAUGUGGAGCUCUACUACAAAGCCCUGCAGUUCUAUCUGGAUUACAAACCCCUGCUCAUCAAUGACCUGCUGAUUGUGCUGGCGCCCCGGCUGGACCACACCCGGACUGUGGGCUUCUUUGCAAAGGCAGGCCAGUUGCCUCUGGUGAAGCCUUAUCUGCGGUCAGUCCAGAGCCACAACAACAAGAGUGUGAAUGAGGCCCUCAACCACCUGCUGACAGAAGAGGAGGAUUAUCAGGGUUUGAGAGCAUCUAUUGACGCCUAUGACAACUUCGAUAACAUCGCCCUGGCGCAGCGGUUGGAGAAGCACCAGCUGAUCGAGUUCAGGCGCAUUGCCGCUUAUCUGUACAAGGGCAACAACCGGUGGGCCCAGAGUGUGGAGCUCUGCAAGAAGGAUCAUCUCUACAAGGACGCCAUGCAGCACGCUGCAGAGUCAAGGGAUGCUGAGCUGGCUGAGAAGUUGCUGCAGUGGUUCCUGGAGGAGGGCAAGCAGGAGUGCUUCGCAGCCUGUCUGUUCACCUGCUAUGACCUGCUUCCCCCGGAUGUGGUGCUAGAGCUGGCCUGGAGGCACAACCUGAUGGACCUGGCCAUGCCCUACUUCAUCCAGGUGAUGAGGGAGUACCUUAGCAAAGUGGACAGACUGGACGCCUCAGAGAGUCUACACAAGCGAGAGGAGCAUGUAGUGGAGCCCACCCCUUUCCUGUUUGGCCAGCAGCUGAUGCUGACAGCAGACCCCGCUACAGGCCCACCCCCUGCUGGCUUCCCCUAUGGCUAUGCCACUGCUCCCGCCUUCACCCAGUCUCCCAUGUACAGCUUCAACGUGUAGUGGGUGCUCAGUGGAAACACUCCCUCUGCUGAGUUAUUAACCUCUCCAAGAAGCGUGUCACCCCAGAAGUACAGAGGACCCUGAUGAAAGGCGGAGACACCUGGAUGUUAUUUAUUUUUGCUGGGACCCAAUAAUGGCAGCCACUGAGCCAUCCCAGAACAUGGGAAGGUCAAGGUAGCCCCUGACAACCCAAGAAGACCAGCCAUCUCCAGUCGCCAGACAGGGAGGUCAAUUCGAGUCUCCUGACCUUCUGGCUGGAGCCAGGCAUCCUGGGGAGUUCUUGUCUACAAGGGGUCUACGGCGCUUGGGGGAAUGGGCGCCCUCUCUUCACUCAGCACUGGCAGAGCUGCCCUCUCCAGGUCAUUUUGCAGACACAGUUGAACAGACUGUCUAACCUGGCUCUGAGCCUCCUGCCGAUCAUGAAUAUUAAAGUCAGUUUAUCAAGGCAAAGCUUCCCUGCUUGGUGCUGGUGUGGGUAGGAGGGGACAGGAGAUUUGCUGGGACCUCUGGGGGUGGGGGACCUGCGUCCGCCCAGAAAAGCUACCUAGGUCAGGAUACAGCCAGGGUGUAUUGGAGGGGUUUUCCCGAUCGUGUGCACGGCACGGAGCUGUAAAUCCUGUAAGGGAAGUGGUAACCGCUCUACCCGUCGGUGUGGGAAGGCCAAACCCUCAAACAGCGAGGAUGGGGCUAGCGCACAUGUCUCUCCACCCCCAUCUCCGGGGACCCUGGCGCUCAAGGCAGACGCGGACCCCAAGCCCGCUCCUUCCCGCGCCCGGCUCGUUUGAUGUCCGGGCGGACUUAGGAGACAGCACUUUGACCUACAGCUCCGGGCCGGGCGCAGCGCUGCCUUCCAAGCACCCCGCCCCCAGCCUCGCC